AUGGGUGCCUUCUUUCAGAGACUGAGUAAGGGCACCGCAAUAACCUUCAACAACUCAUUUGGUGGUAAGACAAAACAUCUUCCUUUUCAAUUUAUGCUUUUACUCUUGUUCACCAGUUUGGUGUUUACUCCUGAGUUGGAAGGGCAAAGUUCCUCACUGCCUUGGAAACCAUUGACUGGUCAACAAAUAGAAGGCUCUGAUCCGGGCUGGACUGGAUAUGUCUGGGCUGGACUGAGCUGUCAACAACUUCAACUACUAAGCUUCAGCAGUAAAUCGAUAUCAAAGUUCAAUUUUGCCAGAGCUUUAAUCUACUUCAAGCUUUGUGAGGCUUUUGAGUGGGCAGAACUGCGGCUUCUUCAGUCUGAAGGGGCAAAAGUGGCUCUUCUUGAGGACUUAGUGAACUAG